AUGCUAAAUCAAACAGUAAAUGAUUUGUGGGCAUGUGAUCUUUUCUAUUCAACCGAAGUAUUUCCUUCUCCUCCUAGAAAAGAUACUGAAAAUGUAGUAUCGUCAGGAUCUAUAAGCAGAUACAGCAACUCUCGAUCUCCGAAUGAACCUCUUAUUCUUUCUGGUAGAAGCCCAUUAAGGAAUUUAGCGCAGUCUACAAAUGGAAGACUUUAUAUUGCAAAUGAUCCUGUAAUUAGAAGACUCAACUUUCAAUAA